CGGAAACUCUUCCCAAGCACCGGAAGAAGAAGAAGAAGAAGUGUGUUGUUGUGAUGGUUGCUUCCCAACUGUCUUAUUAGACAUAUAGCUAGUUUAGCUAUAGUGUUGAGCAGUUUUUCUGCUCUUGAAUUCUGCGAAAACAUGGCAUUGAGCGAAGCACUUGUUCGAGCCAAAGUUCCCCAGGAUCUGGUGAAGGAUCUGGGUGUGGAGUCUCUGGAUAGGACUAAAGCCCAGUCCUUCACCCAGGCCUUCCUGAAGAACAGCAUUCGGCAGCACACGCACCAUGAUAUACAGAACAUGUUGAAGCACAAGGCGCUCAUCCUGGGCUACACCCGGCCCAAGAAGGACAAGAGGAGCAGCAAGAAAGCCAAGGGGCUGAACGCUCGGCAGAAGAGGGAAAUGAAGAUCUUCCAGAUCAAGCCCGAGCACCAGAGAUACGAGCUUUUCCUGCCUCUGCAUGAACUGUGGAGACAGUACGUCAUUGACCUGUGCGGUGGUUUGAAACCAACAAGCAGUCCACAGUUAGUGCAACAGAAGCUUCUGAAGGCAGACUUCCAUGGUGCCAUCAUCUCAGUGGUCCGAUCAAAGUGCCCAUCGUAUGUAGGAACAACAGGGAUUCUGGUCCAAGAGUUCAAACACAUCUUUAAAAUCAUCACCAAAGAAAACAAACUGAAAGUGAUCCCUAAGAGGAACAGCGUGUUUGAGGUGGAGAUCAACGGCUUCGUCUCCCACAUCUACGGAAGCAAGUUCGAGCAGCGAGCCAGUGAACGCUCCGCCAAGAAGUUUAAAGUGAGAGGAACCAUCGACUUGUGAAGCUUUGUGCUUCAAUGAAAGAGACGUUACAUUCUCAGACUUCUACUGCCCCACAACAAUGACCAACGUGUAGCAAAUGCAUUGUGGUUAUUUUUUGUCUGUGGCGGUAGUCCAUAAAAUGGGGUCCGAGGUCCCAGGGGUCCCCAGCAACAAGGCAAAAACACUUUUUGUACUUUUUUUUCAUACCACGUACUGUAAGACCACAUGUUAAAGAUCAUUUUACAGCUUUUAGUUCAGUUUUCACCUUGCUGUAUAUUGACAACUUAGAAAAAUAGGUAUCAAAUGGUGAUCACAUAUGUAUCUGACACACUGUAAUACAGAUGUUGACUACUAAAUCUAACACACCUUAUUUUUCAUGAGCUACUUGAUCCGAAUUCUAAUGGUCCUGGUUCAUAAAGAUUA